AGCUCCAGCAGCACUCAGCCCAGCAGCUCCCCAGCCCAGCAGCUCUGCCCUGUCGGUGCGGACAUGAGAGGAGGUCGGCCGUGUUAGCCUGGUAGUCAGCCGGUGAUCAGGCACAGGCCGCCGCAGCAGCAGCAAGCAGCAGCAGCAGCAGCAGCAUCCAUCUGAGAGGGGACUGCCCCACCGGCCCCGGCGGCUGCGAGCUAACGUCAACCCGCUGACUUCACCGGCGUAAAAGGCGGUGUCAGGGACGACGAGGCGCGGCGUGGGAACACGGGGCCUCCGGCUUCUGCGACUCGGUUUUGUACCGCUGCCCUGGAGAGUUUAGCACGCCGGAGCAACAUCCUGCUGCGAUGGACAACCUGAGUGAGGCCCUGGAGAAGCUGAAGCUGGCAUCGACAGACAGCGCCACUGACAGCGUGGAGAGCUGUGUGGACUGCCUGCUCAAAGCUCUCGUCAACAACAACACUGAGGCCAGUAUGAAGAUCCAGGAGAUGGGUGUUCUCCCUCGGCUCCCCAACCUGCUGAGCCCCCAGUCUUCCUGCACUCCUAAAGUAGCCAACAUGAUUGCUGAGGUGGCUAAAAAUGAGUUCAUGCGGGGUCCGUGUGUGGAAGCUGGCCUCAUCCCUCCUCUCAUUCAGCUGUUAAACUCCAGCGACCAGGAGGUUUUACUGCAGACCGGCCGAGCUCUUGGCAACAUCUGUUAUGACAGCCAUGAGGGCAGGAGUGCCGUUGACCUGGCAGGAGGGGCUCAGAUAGUAGCUGAACACAUUAAAUCCCUCUACCAAAAUACUGAGCCGGAAAAUGAGAAGCUCUUGACUGUCUUUUGUGGCAUGCUGAUGAACUAUAGCAAUGAUAAUGAUUCCUUACAAGCCCAGCUGAUCAAUAUGGGUGUGAUUCCCACUCUGGUGAAGCUGCUAGGCCUCCAUUCCCACAACACAGCCCUGACAGAGAUGUGUCUAAUUGCCUUUGGGAAUUUGGCCGAGCUCGAGUCCAGCAAAGAGCAGUUUGCCUCCACCAACAUCGCUGAGGAGCUGGUGCGUCUCUUCCAGAAGCAGAUCGAGCACGAGAAGAAGGAGAUGAUCUUUGAGGUCCUGGCUCCACUUGCAGAAAAUGAUGUGAUAAAGCUGCAGCUGGUGGAGGCCGGCCUGGUGGAGUGUCUGCUGGACGUGGUGGCUCAGACUGUGGACGGAGAGAGGGAGGAGGACAUCGCCCAACUCAAGACCUCCUCCGACCUCAUGGUCCUCCUGCUGCUGGGAGAUGAGUCCAUGCAGAAGCUGUUUGAGGGAGGAAAGGGCAGCGUCUUCCAGAGGGUCCUGUCCUGGAUACCAUCCCACAACCAUCAGCUGCAGCUGGCGGGGGCUCUGGCCAUCGCCAACUUUGCUCGCAAUGACGGGAACUGCAUCCACAUGGUGGACACUGGUAUCGUGCAGAAGCUUCUGGAGCUGUUGGAUCGGCACGUGGAGGAAGGCAACGUCACUGUCCAGCACGCAGCUCUCAGCGCCCUGCGGAACCUGGCCAUACCCGUGGUCAACAAAUCCAAGAUGCUGUCAGCGGGCGUAGCAGACGUGGUGCUGAAGUUUUUGCAGUCAGAGAUGCCUCCAGUCCAGUUUAAACUUUUGGGAACAUUACGUAUGCUCAUCGAUACACAAGCUGAGGCCGCAGACCAGUUGGGAACCAACGGGAAGCUGGUGGAGAGACUGGUGGAGUGGUGUGAAGCCAAAGAUCACGCAGGAGUGAUGGGCGAGUCCAACAGGCUCCUGUCGGCUCUCAUUCGACACAGCAAGUCCAAGGAAGUCGUCAGAACUGUCAUCCAGGGAGGAGGAGUCAAGCAUUUAGUCACCAUGGCAACCAGUGAGCAUAUGAUUAUGCAGAAUGAAGCUCUGGUGGCUUUGGGACUCAUAGCGGCGCUGGAUUUGGUUGCAGCUGAGAAGGACUUUGUUGGAGCCAACCUGGUGUCAGUGCUGCACAAGCUGCUGUCAGAUGAGAGGAGUGCCCCAGAGAUCAAGUACAACUCCAUGAUCCUUAUCUGUGCAGUCAUGGGCUCAGAGCCUCUUCACAAAGAAGUCCAGAGCCUGGCUUUCAUCGACGUUGUGUCCAAGCUGAGGGCUCAUGAAAACAAGACGGUAUCCCACCAGGCAUCGCUCACAGAGCAGCGGCUAACUGCCCAGAGCUAAAUGACUGUGUCCGAGACCACCCCCUCCCCACUCACCCACCCACCUACCCACUCACCUACCCACCUCAAUGCCUGCCUGACCACCUUAUCACCCAAUGACACCUCAUGACUGCUCUCCUCUGUGCCCCAUUGUCACGUGCCAAGGUACCAUGUCGCGUUAACUGCCAGCCAGACACACAGAUGUGUCUCGACCCUCUGUCCCGCCCACCUCCGCUAGGGCUAGACUGAUGUGGCUUUUAGAACGCCUGCACUUUCAGCGUCUUUUCAAAUCACAGAUCUGAGUUUUUCAAAUUGUUUUUUUUUGUUUUAUUUUGAAUGACAAGACUUCACGCGAAAUGGGAUACCAAACCUCUCCUGAAAGCCAUAAUAAAGAGAUUUAUUUUGGGUGGGUCAGAUGUCCUGAAGUCAGGCUUUAUUUCAGGCUUCACAGUCUGAGUCUUAUUGCUCAAGUAGGGGAUUUAUCUUGAGGUCAAAACCACAGAC